AUGGGAGAUUCCGGCAGCGCCGGAGUGAAGGACGACUCCGGCAGCGCCGGACAGGAGGGAGACUCCGGCAGCUCCAGAGUGAAGGGCAAUUCCGGCAUCGCCGGCAUGACAGGCGGCUCUGGCAGCUCAUGGCUGACUGCCAGCUCAGGGCAGGCGGGAGACUCUGGCAGCUCUGGGCAGGCGGGAGACUCUGGCAGCUCUGGGCAGGCGGGAGACUCUGGCAGCUCUGGGCAGGCGGGAGACUCUGGCAGCUCUGGGCAGGCGGGAGACCCUGGCAGCUCAGGACAGACGGGAGACCCUGGCAGCGCUGGGCAGGAGGAAGGCUCUGGCAGAGCUGGACAGGCGGCAGCACCUGUAGGGAGCAGACGGAGAGACAGCCUGGUGCGGGGGGCUGCCACCAGAGGGCUGGUGUGUGGAGGUGGCACCGGAUAG